GUGUCACGGACCAGGAAGUGCUCUGCGUGCCAAGACUGGCACGACAAGGAGACGCAGGAGGUCCCACACCAAGGAUGGUUACCGUGGGUCUGUCUCGGGUGGAUGAUGCUGUGGCUGCCAAGCACCCGGGCUUGUCGGAGUACGCUGGGUGUCAGUCGCGUGCUUUUGUGAAGGGGAUAGGAACUUUUAUAACAGGUUCAGGGGCUGCUUUUAUUGCCCAGAAGCUGCUGAACACGAGGCUGCCGUAUCCCCUGCAGUGGAGUGUCCUUAUAUCUGUGGUUGCAGGAUCGGUGGCCAGUUAUGGAGUGACGAGACGGGAGACGCAAAGAUGCUCCGACCUGUGGAUUUAUCUGGAAACCGGAGAAACCCCGUCGCCGGCUGCUAGAGAAAUACAGCAAAAAGUGGAUCCUAGUGAGAAGAUGACAAAGUACGGGGACAAGAUGGAGUGAACCUGAAGAUUAUUUGGAGGAUCGGAGCGAGCUAAAGGAUGGGGCAGGGAUGACUCGGCCCAUCUACCCCGACCCAAUACACGUUGGGAAAUAUUUGUGGAGGUGUAUUUUACUGCAGUGUCUCUUAUAUAAAACCGCAGAGGCACCGCUUUAUUUUCUCACAAA